AUGGUCUACGCCGGCCUGUUUGGUGUUUUUUGCCACCAAGUAAUCUUCCGAUCCUACGAAGUAGACAGUCAUGGGUGGGAGAUGGUACUUGCCUACGUGAACAUCAACGCUGGUUUGGUGGUAGGUUACGGUUUGAUGGGCACCCAUAACCUCAUGGAUGUUAUCAUGCACGUCUGUCUGGCAGGGGCCGUCUUUCUGGUGGGCCUGUACGGCAGCUUGCUACUGUACCGUGCCUUCUUCCAUCGACUGCACCGAUUCCCUGGCCCCUUUCUCGCACGCCUGUCCAAAGUCUAUCAGAUCUCCUCCAUUAUUAAUACCAAAAUGCAAUACCACAUGCACGUGCCGAAACUGCAGAGGCAAUAUGGAGACUUCAUUCGUACUGGGCCGCGUGAAUUGACGGUGCUUCGCGCAGAAGCAAUUGAUCUCAUUUACGGAUCGUCAUCGCCGUGCACCAAAGGCACCUGGUACGAUCAGAACUCGGGGAAUGCAGACAAGGUUGGCAUAGAGAAUGUGCGAGACAAGGAAAAGCACAGGGUUCGUCGCAAAGCUUGGGAUCGGGCUCUGUCAGUGUAUGAGCCUCGGAUCAAAGGCAAGCUCGACGCGCUUAUGACCAGAUAUGAAGGGAAACAGUCAGUUAAUGUCACGAGAAAUAACAUUUUAUAUGCAUGGGAUGUCAUGGGCGACAUUGCAUUUUCAAAGGAUUUUCACAUGUUGAAGACUGGCGUUGAGCACCCCGCCGUGGAAGGUCUUCAUUGGGCCAUGGCAAUAGCUGGAGUUGUAACGACUCUCCCAUGGCUUAUGAACAUGCUACGGGUCAUCCCAGGUGCUACUGGUAAAUUUGAAAAGUUUGCCAGUUGGUGUUCUGGUGAGGUUGAUCUGAAGCGCGAAGCUCUAGCUUCGGAACAGGCCAAGGGUAUGGAUGAGGAGCCAAGCGAUGUCAUGUCUUGGAUCAUCAAGGCACAGCAGGAGAAGCAGCGGUCUGCGCCUCCGACAGAAUCCGCGAUCAGAGAGGAUGCUCGAACCUUGAUUUCUGCUGGCAGUGAUACCAUAGCUAUCGCAUUUACGAACUUCCUGUAUUUAAUGGUCAAAAACCCCGAGGCUUACAAGAAGCUCCAGAAGCUGCUAGACGCCGAGUUCCCAGGUGGCUACAACGACUGGGCCUAUGACAACGUGAAGAGGAUCCCUUACAUAGAUUGCCUUAUUCAUGAGACUCUACGGCUACGGCCACCAGUACCGAUGGGAUUCUUACGCGAGACACCUGAUGCAGGCUUGCAGGUAGGCGAUGUCUUCAUCCCGGGCAAAAUCAACGUCAAUGUACCCAUAUGGGCGAUGCAGAGGGAUGAACGGUACUUCGACAGAGCCCUAGAUUUCAUCCCUGAGCGAUGGGAGACCCUGUCGCCCGAGUCGUCGGCGUACUUUCCUUUCCAGCGAGGAGGGUUUAGCUGCGUGGGUAAAGCCAACGCUAUGAUGCAAAUGCGAAUGCUUAUCAGCGCAACGGCGCUGCAGUACAAUCUUGCGUUCGCUCCAGGAGAGGAUGGUGAGCGUUUUGGGGAAGGGACAGAGGAAAGACUCACCCUGUGGAUUCCUCCCCUGUACAUGACAUUUCACCCGAGAUAG